AUGUCAAUGUCAUUUUCCUACGAGACUCACGACGAUCGGUGGGGCUCCGAUUUGGCUUCCUCCGGAGAAUUCACCCGUAGCUUUCCAUCUUUACCGGCGAAUUUCUCACCGGCCUCCGGCGAGGAGCUCGUAGAAGUGACGAGUGAAUUCCCAAGCGGCGCACUAGUAAACAUCGACUCCGUUACCGGCACAGAUGUCUCCGGAACGGAUCCUGAGAUCACCUCUUGCUCGGCUUCCGAUUCAGGAUCAAGGGAGUGGAGCGCGUCUUCGAGUCGUCGGGAGUACCAGGUGGUGGCUAACGCAAAACAGUUCUCGAGAGAUUUGAAACGGAAGCUUCAAAGGAUCUCACUGCGAGAUGGCGGAUACUCGUCUCGAUCUGCACCGGAGACGGCGGUUCCGGGCGGAGGCGAAAUUACCGAUCCGGCUAGUCUGGUUCGCUCGUUAACCCAGAGAUUCACUAAGCCUAAUCGGAAUGGAUCGUGUACGCAGAGAGCGAUUCACGGUUUGAGAUUCAUCAGCAGCAAAGAAAACGGAAUCGCUGGGUGGAGAGAAGUUCAAACCAAAUUCGCUAACCUUUCCAAAGACGGUCAUCUUUGUCGAAGUGAUUUUGCUCAUUGCAUUGGGAUGGAAAAAGAAAAUUCGAAAGAGUUUGCAGAGGAGUUGUUCGACGCAUUGUGCAGGAGAAGAAGAUUAAUGGUAGACAAGAUCACCAUUCAAGAACUAUAUGAGUUUUGGGUGAACAAAAAUGGAGAUGGUAGAAUUACAGAGAACGAAGUCAAAGAGAUAAUUAUACUAAGUGCGUCGGCAAAUAAUCUAUCAAGGUUGAGAGAACGAGCAGAAGAAUAUGCAGCGUUGAUCAUGGAAGAACUGUCCCCUGAUGGGCUCCAAUCUCAGUACAUAGAGUUAAAGGAUCUAGAGAUGCUAUUACUACACAAGGACACACCUCAUGGUUACAGCCAACCGUACAGCCAAACAAGCAGAGCCUUAAGCCAAAACCUAAAGGAUACAAGAUGGGGAACAAGCAGGAACUUGAUAUACUCUUUUCAAGACAACUGGAAGAGGAUUUGGGUUAUGACACUAUGGUUACUGAUCAUGGCCGGUUUGUUCAUGUGGAAAUGCGCUCAGUACAAACGCAAAGAAGCAUUCCAUGUAAUGGGUUACUGCCUUGUCGUGGCCAAAGGAGCAGCUGAGACUCUGAAAUUCAACAUGGCUCUUAUCCUUUUGCCUGUAUGCAGAAUCACCAUCACCUAUCUCAGAUCAACCGCUUUGUCCUACUCAGUGCCUUUUGAUGACAGUAUCAACUUUCACAAGACGAUCUCUGUAGCAAUCUUCAUUGGAAUGGUUAUCCAUGCAGCUAGCCACCUCGCCUGUGAUUUCCCGAGGAUUGUAACAGCUACAGAUGCUGAGUACAAAAGCCACUUGGCUCAUUACUUUGGUGUGACCAGACCAACAUACUUAGACUUGGUUAAAGAUCCUGUGGGAAUCACUGGGUUUAUAAUGGUUAUUUUCAUGGUGAUUGCAUUCACUUUUGCCAGUCGAAGAUGCAGGCGUAACCUUACUAAGUUGCCAAAGCCAUUUGACAAGCUAACCGGAUAUAAUGCUUUCUGGUAUUCACAUCACUUGCUUCUAACUGUUUACGUCCUCUUAAUCAUCCAUGGUGUUUCCCUCUAUCUCGAGCAGAAGUGGUACCGCAAGACGAUAUGGAUGUAUCUUGCUGUACCGGUUUUACUCUAUGCUGGAGAAAGGUUCCUAAGAUUCUUUCGUUCCAGGCUUUACACCGUCGAAAUCUGCAAGGUUGUAAUUUAUCCUGGAAACGUUGUUGUGCUACACAUGUCUAAGCCUACAUCAUUUGAUUACAAGAGUGGACAAUACGUAUUUGUUCAGUGUCCUGCAGUAUCAAAAUUUGAGUGGCAUCCAUUUUCUAUAACUUCUUCCCCUAGAGAUGAUUACAUCAGCAUUCACAUUCGUCAGCUUGGUGACUGGACAGAAGGUAUUAAGAAGGCAUUCUCAGUGGUAUGUCAAGCCCCUGAAGCUGGGAAAAGCGGACUUCUCAGAGCAGACGCACCAAACAGAAAAAGUUUGCCAGAGCUGUUGAUCGAUGGACCUUAUGGCUCACCAGCGCAAGACCAUCGGAAGUAUGAUGUGUUAUUACUCGUUGGCCUUGGAAUUGGUGCAACACCUUUCAUUAGCAUUUUGAGAGAUCUACUUAACAACAUUAUUAAGCAACAUGAACAAGCUGAAGGACUCUCAUCAGGUAGUUGUAGUAACAGCAAUGUAUCGUCGGAUCACAGUUUCAGUUGCUUAAACUCGGAACAUAUGAAUAGGUCUCCUCAAAAUCAAAGGAAGACGUUGAAGACCAAGAACGCUUACUUUUACUGGGUAACACGAGAACAAGGCUCGUUUGAUUGGUUUAGAGAAAUCAUGAACGAAAUCGCUGAUUCAGAUAUAAAGGGUGUUAUUGAGAUGCACAACUACUUGACGAGUGUGUACGACGAAGGAGAUGCUCGAUCCACUCUUCUCACCAUGAUCCAGACGCUAAACCACGCCAAAAAUGGCCUACGGACACAUUUUGGGAGGCCAAAAUGGAAGAAGGUGUUGUCAAAGAUCAGCACCAAACAUAAGAACGCAAGAAUCGGAGUGUUCUAUUGUGGAGGACCGAGUUUGGGGAAGGAGCUUUCAACACUCUGCCAUGAGUUUAACCAGACGGGAUGUUCCAGGUUCGAGUUCCACAAAGAACAUUUUUAA